UCUCAGACUUGAAGUCUGAUCCAGUACAGGAGUGAGUUAAUAAAACUCUAUUCCACCAUGAAGAAACCUGGCAUUCUUUUCUUCCUGGGCAUCAUCUUCCUGGAUCUGUAUGGAGUUCAAGGAACCCCAGUAAUAAAGAAUCAACGUUGUUCCUGCAUCAGUACCAGUGACAGGAUGAUCCACCUCAAAUCCUUAAAAGACCUGAAGCAAUUUGACCCAAGCCCUGCUUGUAAGAAAACUGAAAUCAUUGCUAUAAUGAAGAAUGGGGAUCAAACAUGUCUAAACCCAGAUUCAGAAGAUGUAAAGGAACUGGUCAAAGAGUGGAAGAAAAAGAUCAACCAAAUGAAAAAGCAAAAGAAAGGAAAAAAACAUCAAAAAAACAAGAAAUUUCAAAAAGCUAAAAAGCCCCAACAUUCUCGUCAAAAGAAGACUGCAUAAGAGAUCACUUUACCAACAAGCUCUUUGCAUUUAAAUGGUUUUUUUUAAUUGUACUGAAAUACUUUCAAUGGGAAAUAGCCUUUGGUAUAGAUUCAUUAAGUUGGCUAGAAAGUUUAAAGCAUUUUUAUGAAAGUAUAAUAAAGUGAGAAAGUUAAUUUUUAAAGCCAAAUAUUAAGAAUUGGCAGAGGCAGCAGUUUAUCUUUGUUCUGCUCAGCCAAUUAAAUUUUGUCAAGCUCAUGAGUAGUCUUGAGAAUAGCACAUCUGUGCAAGAGUCCACAUAAACUCAUCCCACACACAGCACCUGUGUAGGCUUCCUCAGCCACACACUGCAGCCUCUAGAGAAUUCUGAGGCCCAUGUCACCAAGCCCCAGGCCUGUCUGUAUGCUGGUGAGCCAAGUGAUUUGGAGCUGUGCUGGACCUCUCUAAGCUGCUAUGGCUAUCAGCAGCUGCAUUUGAAUCAGCCUACGGGCUUCUCUUGCAAUGUGUCUGAGGGAUCUGUGCUGGUGGUUUCUAGGGUUCUACCACUGGAGAUUACCAGUGCUUGGCUUUAAGGACCUUCUGUAUGACUUUUGAGAUGAUGUGAUUUCCUCUUCUACUUGAUCCUCUCUUCAAGGCUCAUUUCAAGUCCUGCUUCUUAAAUAAAAGCCUUUCUAGGGGGCUGCAGAUAAUAGUUCAGUGGUAGAGCACUUACUUGCCUUGUAUGCACAAGGCCCUGAAUUUGAUCCCCAGCAAUGAGGUCAUCCCGGACCAGGCAUUGACCAUGUGAAACUCUAACCCCUGAGAUCCAGUUUUCUUAUUAUCCUCUGACAUCAUCAGUAUACGAGCCAGGGCUUAACAUUAUCCUUAUCUUAUUUUGACAGGAUGCUAACUUGACUUCUUUAACAAUUAAGAAUCACAUGUUUAAGACAUUUGUGCAUAUUCUGGACUGCUCACAAAAUAUACAGGACAUCCACAGCCACAUAACCCUACAGCGAAAAGGAGCUUUACUGAUCAGCAGUGCUCAACCUUUCCCCAUUCAAAACAAAAAUCCUUUCACAACCAUUCUUAUUAAGAACUGUUAUAUGAAAUUACAAGAACUCAAUUAAAAAAGAAAAAGAAAGACCAUUCUUGACAAGCAUUAAUUCGCUGUGAUUUAAGAAGAGAGCUGCCAAAAUCCUUGGUCAAUUAAUUUAGGCAAAGUAAAUUUCAUUAUCACUUUACCUCAUUUUAAAAUUUGCAGAACAUUAUAUCAGUCACCUCAUCAGUUCUCAUGAAGAAAAGAAGUAGUAACACACUGAAAGCCACAGGGAACAGCAAAAACUGUUGGUAGAAGCAUGGAUGGGGCCAAGUUACCCUCUGUGGGGAUUGGAAGCCACCUUAGAGAGAUGCUCCAUAGAACUAAGAAGAGACUGUGGUCACUCACUUUCCCAAACAUUGUUACCCUUCAUGCUGCAGAUGACUUUGAGCACUGGCUGUUGGUAAUCCCACACAAACACCAUUAUCCAAUCAUGAUACUAUCCAGCUCUUUCCGUGUAACUACUUUGAGAAAAAUCUAAGACUGCUUCCUAAUUGUUAGAGUGUGUCGCCUGCAUCUCACAGGUGGACAGUGCCUAUAACUACUAGCCAAAGACUACAUAUUUUCACUAAGUAUCUAUGAUAAAUAUGUAUUAUAUGCCUACUAUGUCCACUCAUCAUCAUAGCUACAUAUAUAUAUAUAUAUAUACACACUAAGCAAUUUUUAAUCCAAAACAAUAUUGGUUUAUAUCCUUUGGAACUAUUUCAUUGAAAGACAAUGGUAUCAAUACUUAAAAUACCACUAAUCUAAAAAUAAAAGUAUUUGUUUAAUGUCUUUUUAAAAUAUUUUACUUUUUUAUUUUACAUGUAUGAGUGUAUUGCCUGAAUAUACGUAAAUGCAU